UUUCAAACCCCACGCAUUUGCUUUAUCCGGUCUCGGCCUUCACAUUCUAUCCACGGUCGUCUCCCCGAGCAGCUCUUUCCAUGGCGGAGUCAGUUCUCGAGCAGUUGAGGAAUGGAACUGCUCGGUUCGAGCUCGCCUCCUCCCCCGUGCUUUCAAUUUCAACUUCCAAUUCUCAGUCGCACCAAAGGGCGGCGUUCGGGGACCACAGCCACCGGUUCUUCGCUAGAAUCGGACCGCCACUAGGCAGAGGAUCGUCGGCGAUGAAGAAAGUUGAACGCUUUUCGGUUCAGAAUGUUACCGGCGACGGGCGCUGUCUAUUUCGUGCUCUGGUGAAAGGAAUGGCGUUGAAUAAAGGGGUUCCUCUUAGCCCAAGGCAAGAGAAAGAUGAUGCAGACGAGCUACGGAUGGCUGUGAAAGAGGUUAUAUGCGAAGAUGACGAAGAGCGCCUUAAGUAUGAACCUGCUCUGGUGGCAAUCACUGUUGACGAGUCCUUAAAACGUUACUGCCAGCGCAUCAAUAGACCUGAUUUCUGGGGAGGAGAGUCUGAGCUGCUGGUGCUGUCAAAGUUGUGUGGGCAGCCAAUCACUGUUUACAUACCAGAGCAUGAGCAUACAAAUGGUGGACGGGGUUCUGGUUUCAUUCCGAUUGCAGAAUAUGGAAGCGAGUUUACAAAAGGUUCUAGAAACAAAAAGCCCAGAAAGGUUGUGAGGCUCCUCUACAGUGGCAGGAACCAUUAUGAUCUGCUUGUAUGAUGGAUGGAGAGAGAGAGAGAGAGUGAGAUGCAUUUGUUGUUGCAUCUUCAACUGUAGCAAGAAAGAUUUCGAACUGAAUAGAAUGAUAGUAUUUUUUUUGUUUUAUUAGCCUUUGUUUUUCUUUCUUUGAUACAAUCAUACCGACUCUACUUAAUGGGAUAGAGCUUUGUUCUUGUUA